CAGUACUGAUGGAGGGAGGGAAGUUGUGAGGCGGCGCGAUAUCCCCUAAAAAUAGGGAGAUAUCCCCUAGAAAGGCCAACCUAAAACCAUGGCGGAGGCCAAUCCUUUUAGGGGACUGCCCCGUUUGCGGAGGGCCGCGAUGUCCUUCCCGGGGAAUCUCCACCUGGUGUUGGUUCUACGGCCCACCAGCCUCCUGCAGAGUCCCUCAGGCACCGGCACUGACUUGGGCUUCCGCUUCAGCCAGGAGGACUUCAUGCUCAAGAUGCCGGUGGUUAUGCUCAGUUCAGUGACGGACCUGCUUCGCUACAUCGAUGAGAACCAGCUGACCUCAGAGUUUGGUGGAACUCUGGAGUACUGCCACAGUGACUGGGUGGUCCUUCGUACGGCUAUUGAGAGCUUUGCCGUGACCGUGAAGGAGAUAGCCCAGAUGCUGCAGUCGUUCGGCACCGAGCUCGCCGAGACCGAGCUUCCAGAUGAGGCCGACGACAUCGAGUUCCUCCUCAGAUCCCACACUGACAAAUACAGGCAGCUGAAAGAUGAYAUCAGGUCAGUGAUGCGGGAGGGCCGUCACUUGCUCUCCAACCUGGAAGCCGCCAAGGCAGCUAAAGCUGAUGGUCAGGAGGACAAAGAUAUCAAACAGGACUGGGACACGGUGCAGAGGCUUCUGGCCCAACUACGGGACAUGGAGAUGGCUUUUGAUGGCUUUUUUGAGAAGCAUCACCUGAAACUGCAGCAGUACCUUCAGCUGAUGAGAUACGAGAUGAGCUUUCAUGAGAUGGAGGAGAUCCUGGACCGGCUGUCUGGUCAGGAGAAGGAGGUCGCUGCAGUGGGCGGGACUGUGGUCCAGACAGAACAGCUAUUAAAAGAUCUGGAGUCACUGGACACCCGCGCACAGGAAGAGAUGGGCCGUGCCCAGAUAAUCAUCCUGCGCGGCCACCAGCUGGCCACCGGUCACCACUACGCUCUGGCCCUGAUCGUCCAGCGGUGCAACGAGCUGCGGCACCACUGUGACGUGCUGACCACCGCUAUCCGAGCCAAACGGGCUGCCCUCACCCGCAUACGUGACCUGCUGCUGCGUCUGGAAGAGGCAUGCGAGCGCACACACACACACACACACACAAUUGUAACCCCCAUCCUCCCAUAUCCACUCAUAAAGCUUGUAGAGUCUGUGAUGUCUGUGAUGGUCAGUGUGUCAUGCUUCCAUGCGUCUCUGUGUGUGUGUGUGUCUGUGUUUGUGUGUCUACGUCCGCCCUCAGGCCGGCGCUGGUGUGACGAGGGGGCUUACCUCUUAGCCAAUCAGCUGGUGGAUAAGUUCCAGUCCAAGGAGGGAGCUCAGGGAGCGCUGCAGGAUAUAGAGAGACUCCAGGAGGAGACACCGUUGUGUCUGAGCCAAAGCCCUGAUGUCCUCAGUCUGGAGUUCGAGGCCAUCCUGACCCCACAGCUAGAGUCUCAGAUUGGGGUGGCCACUGAGAAGCUGUCUGCCAUGCAGAGAAUGAUCCACAACAGACAGGCAUGUCUGAGGAAGCUGGCUGACAUUCAGGUGCGGCCCAUCCAGCUGGUGGCCCCUCGGCCUGAACACUCUCCCCGGUGCAAAUCCCCUCUCUUCUCCCCCAAACACAGUGUAGAUUUCAACUCGGUUCUCAACUCAAGGUUCUCUUUUGACCUCUUACCUGGCAAGAGGGCAGCUCGGAAAAGCCCUAGAAAGAUAGAGGUGAUGCAUGACUAUGAGGAGAAUCGCAACUCUCUCUCYUACGGCCAGGAGGGAGAGGAGAGCCCAGACCAGCUGAAACGACACAUAAUCAAAGAGCUUAUUGAGACAGAGAGGAUCUAUGUAGAGGAGCUGCUCUCUGUCUUGCUGGGUUACAGGGCAGAGAUGGAUAACCCCGCCCUCUCCCACCUACUGCCCUCUGUCCUGCGCAGCAAGAAGGAGGUCCUGUUUGGGAAUAUGCCAGAGAUCUACAAAUUCCAUAGCAGGACCUUCCUCCAGGACUUGGAGGGGUGCCUGGAGACUCCCGAGAGGGUUGGAGCCUGCUUUCUACGACGGAAAGAAAAGUUCCAGGUGUACGAGCGUUACUGUCAGAACAAACCGCACUCCGAGUUGCUAUGGAGACAGUGCUCUGCUUCCCUCUUCUUCCAGGCGUGUCAGAAGAAGCUGGAGCACAAACUGGGGUUGGACUCGUACCUCCUAAAGCCYGUCCAGAGACUGACCAAGUACCAGCUGCUGCUCAAGGAACUGUUGAAGCACAGUGCAGACAGUGAUUAUAUCUCUGAGCUGCAGGGGGCACUAGAGUCUAUGCUGAAUCUCCUCAAGUCUGUCAACGACUCCAUGCACCAGAUCGCCAUCACAGGUUAUGAGGGGGAGCUGAGUGACCUGGGUCGGGUGCUGAUGCAGGGCUCCUUCAGUGUGUGGAUCAGCCAUAAGAGGGGCCCGACGAGGAUGAAGGCCCGUUUCAAACCCAUGCAGAGGCAUCUCUUCCUGCAUGAGCACGCUCUGCUCUUCUGCAAGCGCCGCGAGGAGCAUGGGGAGGGCCACGACCGCACCCCCUUCUAUAGCUUCAAGCACUGCCUGAGGAUGAGUGCUGUUGGCAUCACUGAGAAUGUCAAAGGCGACGUGAAGAAGUUUGAGCUCUGGUACAGUGGCAGAGAGGAGGUGUAUGUUGUUCAGGCCCCUACGUUCCAGAUCAAGAUCGCCUGGCUCACCGAGAUCAGGAAAAUUCUCACCAACCAACAGAGGCUCCUCCAAGAAGACAUUCCCCCUAUUCAACUCUCAGAGCAGACUCCUCUGUCUCCUCCCUCUACUGACAGUCUGGCUCAUAUGUCGGUGUGCAUGCCGUGGAGUACCGGGCAGAUCACUGGCUGCUCAGGUUGUUUUGAUGUCCUUCCUCACAGUAAGCCUCUAGACCAGUCCCUCAGCACGGAGGAGGCCGAGUCGUCGGGCCGCACCAGCCCCGUCCUCACAGACCCCGUGGUCUUCUCCCCCCAGCCCCAGCACAACAAUCGACGCAGUUGGCCUGGCACCUCCCACUCAGUGGACAUCUGUGAGGGUCCGGAGGACUGGAGCACCACUGACUUGUCCAACCUGUCAGACUCUGACGAGGAGGACGACCCUACUCCACUGGUUCCUGGGAGGUACAGGGCCCUGGUGGAAAGUAGUGUGUGCAGUACAGAUGACCUCAUCAUUAAGUGCGGCGAUGUCAUCCAGCUGCUGGAUCAGGACACUGUAGGGAAGUGGCUCGUGAGGAAUGUCAGUCGUUGUGAUGAGGGUCGGGUCUCAGCUGAUAACCUGCACAGGAUUCUGGGAGAGAGUGGCCGUGCCCACUCAGGCAGGAUGGAAGGGAAUCAGAAAACCCGAAAGCUCAGCUCUCUCUGAAUGAAGCACGUGCCAUCCACUCUCCGUCCGGACACAACCUCUGUCACCAUAACUGUCGUCCCGACAUCAUUCCCUAUCCAAGGUCAUCUUUCCUGGAAUCUCCAGGGGCCUUGAACAUGCUGCCAGAGAGACCGACCAGUCAUCAAUCAAACCAGAGGAUCUGAAGGGUCAACUUUGCCUUCUUUUACCGUCCAUCUCCGGAAAUGUAUAAUAAUCACCACCAUAUUAAUACCAUGACGAUAAACCACAAGGACGUCUUUUUACAUUUCCUCCAGAGGGUGCAUGUGUUGCCGUGGGUAACAUCCCUACCCACGUCAAGCAAACAACCUCAAGCACAAGGCAGUGGACUGAGUCUACUUUCCGACCCCAGGCRGCAUCACAACAUCCCCUUAAAGAACUGUCACCCCGGGGAGAUAGGAUCUCCAUGUCUUCAUUUUCCUGUGGAUGAGAUGCAUGAACUGUUUCUAGUCCACUAUAAAUAUAUUUACUUAGAAAAAGGACUGUUUUACUUCUGUUACAGUGAAAGUGAAUCAAUCUCUAUUUUUUUACAUUUGUGUGUAACUAUCAUGGUUCACGAUAGACCAUGAUAGAUUUCAACAUAUCAUCAAUGCCAGGUUAUGUGCCAAAACAUGCUAUUGUACAGUUGCCCUGUCUGCUUUAUUUGUUAGAACAGCCUCAUUUUGUACCACUCUCAUUACCCCCAAUUACUAUGGUAAAUAGCUUACAUUUCAGUGUGAAAACUAACAGCAAGCAAACMGUGCCAAGCGUUGUAUUUCUAUGCUCACUAUUCUGCAUGAAUGUCAACAGGGCGUUGCAAGUGGUCAGUUCCCUGUUGAACAUUGCCUAAUGCUUCUUUUUAUGUGCACUGCAGUUUUGUGCCUGUAGGGGGCAGUCAUCUGACCAUUUGACGUGAGAGGAGGGUCCUGCAGUGCUUCUGCCGCUGCUGCUAUUUCUGCUGCUGAGUGAGUGUGAUGAUUGGAUGYUGCAGCUUAUAUGUCAAUUCUCCACAUAGACGGACGUUGGGGAUUCAUGUGAAUGUACAGAGAAUUUCAUAUAUGACAUGGAUGGAAAUUAUUUUACCAAAUACAAGCACAAGAUAAUCUGAUGGGAGAGUCUUUCUUUACGUUCUAGGUCAUUUAGCAGACACUCUUAUCCAUUUUCGUAAAUGUUUCUUUACUAUGUCUUAAUUWWUUUUWWUUUUUUUACCUUUAUGGGUGUGGAUGUGCAUUUUGUAAAUGUUGACUGACACUACUGUACAAGGCGUAGGCCUCUGGGUCAGUCCCUAAUGUUUCUGAAWCUGCCUGACUAUUUUGAAUAACUUACAGAAGACAUUCAGAGACAUCAUUUCCMGGAUCCCUUUUAAUAAAUCAACAAAGAGUAAA